GUAUUUAGUGCUUUCUUUCAGCUGUAAACUUGUUCUUCAACAAUAAAAGAAGAAAAAAAAUGUUCCCUUUUGGAAACAGUAGUAAUGGGAAUCCUCUUCUUCACUCAUCUUUUCUUAGCAACCAAAUACUUCUACAUCAACAUGACCUUCCUACUCAUCAUCAUUACUUAGGAGCCUCAAAUGGUCACUUAAUCGACUACUCGUAUGCAACUAACAAUUUGGUCAUCAACAAGAGUAAAAAACCAGUGAAAAAGGAUCGGCACAGUAAGAUUUUGACAUCACAAGGGAAUAGGGAUCGGAGGGUGAGGUUGUCGUUAGGGGUUGCUCGUAAGUUCUUUGAUCUGCAAGACAUGCUUGGUUACGAUAAACCAAGUAAAACCCUUGAUUGGCUAUUUACCAAGUCUAAAUUAGCCAUUGAAGAUCUCAUAAAUGAUGUGUCAAAGAAGAGUAUUCUUGAUACUCCUUCAUCUAUUAAUAACAAUUCGGAAUGUGAUGAGGAUAUGAUUGUUCCUCUUGCUGCAGUGGAUGAAUUAACAAAAAAAGCAAAGCAAGAGAGAGAUUCAAGGGCAAAGGCUAGAGCAAGAGCUAGGGAAAGAACUAUUAAGAAAAUUUGGAACCAAAUUGCUCCGAAUAGAGAGGCUACAGCUUCACAUUACAAUAAUUCAACAAGAAAUUGGAAUCAUGACGACGUUAAUCAAACAAUCAUGGAUGCAUCUACCAUUUGUUGUACCUCAUCACCGCAAGUUCAGAAAGCAUGGGAUUCAUAUCACGGAAGCCAAAUCUGAAGGGAACAGCGUAAGCUAAUUAAGCAAAAUUUCCUUCCUGUUUAAUUUUCUAGGUUCGGUACUACUAUAUAGUGCCCUUUAUGUGUUUUUGUUUUUCCGAUUUCUCUCUUAAGUUUUUGUGUACUUAUAAACUUUGUUUUUGUAACUCAACUUUAUAUCUAUAAUAUAUGUAUCAACCAGUACACCAAAAGUUUUACAA